AUGCGGCAGGCAGAGAGCAGACACUUUGCUGAGCUUUUAAACCGAGUAAGGGAAGGUGAUGAAAUAAAGGAAGACAUCAUCCUUUUGAGGCAAAGAACAGUAGAUAGGGAAUCGCCUGAAUACCCUCAGACAGCAUGUCAUCUGUUUGCUACAAAGGAAUCUGUAAACACAUUCAACAGUUCUGUUAUCAGUACCUCUCCUAAUCCGGUAUAUACAAUUCAUGCCAGAGAUAGGGUGGUUGGAUCAACAUCAUCAGAAAUGACAAGAAAGAUCAUUGAGUCAUUCACAAAUUCAAAGGAGAAAAACUUGCAGCUUCCAAAUAUUUUACAAGUAGCAAAGGACAUCUAUUCUGAGUUGACUGUAAACUUAGAUACAACAGAUGGUCUUAUUAAUGGAGCUUCCUGCAAAAUUAAAAUCAUUGACAUCAUGGAGAGAGAAUCACAAGCUUCUGGUGUUAUAUGGGUGGAAUAUGAUGCACCUUUAACUGGAGCCAAGUUAGGAACAGACAGUAGGAGGCUCUAUCGUUCAUGCCAUCAAAAGCAGUGGACUCCAAUACAGCCAGUAUUGAGGCAAUAUGCUGCUGGACAUAAGGGUCAAGCACAAUUACAAAGGUUCCAGUUUCCAUUGAGGGCGGCGCAUGCAAAAACCAUCCAUCGUUCUCAAGAGGGUACAUUGUCCACAGUGGUAGUUGAUUUGACAACAAAAAGAAAGGUUGAUCAUAUGCAUUAUGUUGCACUAAGCCGCUGCCAGUCUCUAGACAAUCUUUUCAUACUCAACCUUCAAGAUGAUAAAAUAAGUGUAGACAAGAGUGUUCUUGAAGAAAUGAAGAGAUUGAAAUCAUUCCCAAUAGAAAUGGACCUUAAAUUUCUUUACAAUGUACCAUAG